GGGCGGGGCUUACCUAUAGAGACUAAUGUGCUGAAACAGUCGAGACGAUGGAGCAAGGGAGAACUGCAGGUGGAGGAGAAAGAAGAUUAGUACUACAUUGUAGGGCGAGGUGAGGGGACACAGUGCACUAGAGUUAGCGCAUUUUAUUAUUACGUAAAUCAUAAUUUAAGCAGCACUUUUAGGGUGUGUGUACAUUUUUUAUCAUCUGUGAGGAGGCAAAUAUUACGCUGGACACAACACCACGUCCGUCGGCAAUGUGCCGCUGCAGCAGGCAUCAGCAUAGCCAUCUGCUGCCAUCUUCUGAACCUAUAUAUGAACUACACCAAAAAGGCUGUAAAGUUUAAAUAUAUACACUGUUCCGCCACAACAGCUAAAAGGAAAAAAGGAACCCAGACAUGAAGUGGAAAACCUGAUUUAUCCUAUUAUAAGCCUUAGGUCCUGACAUUCACACUAAGACGACCAGAUCCCCGAAUCACUUAGCUAAGUUGGAUAAGUAGUUAAGUGAUAGUUAUCCCAGCUAAAACUGGGCGAAAGUCAGGGGGGAAACGCUGGACACAUUACCAGCUCAAAACAGCAUGACCAGAUUCUAAUAUACUAAAAUAAAUAAAUAAAAAUGUUUUUGUGGGACAUGAAUUUACGGACGGGUCACAGGGGAUAAAAACAUGGUGCAUUCCCAAAGAUUAAUGCCAGUUCAACCGCCAUACACUUAAAUUGUACUCCCUGACGACUGCAGCCUCAUUCAGAAGACCACCAAACUGCCCACAUCUUUAACUCAGGUCUUACUUCCAGCACACGACUUUAAAGGCACAUGAAGUAGUAUCAAACUUUGAACACACAUCAUUCUGCUCAGAGGUACUCAAAGAUCAGUAACUAUUAGCAAAACUCACCUCUAAGUGGAGGGGAAAUGUAAAAUACUGUGCCAGAACUUCCUCAAAAGUGACAGUUUAUAAGUCACGAUAUGCAUUUUUAAAUACACUGAUGAUGCCAUACUGAAAUAGAUAACUAAAUAAAAGACUAAAGGGAACUUUACCAAAAAAAAUCCCUGAAUUUACCAAAAAAAAAAAAAAAAGUGAACCUAUACUGACAGGAAACUACUCUUCUGCAUAUUCUCCUCUGUGGAGAUUAUUGAUUCGAUAUUGGAAUAGAGACAACUGUUGCAGCUCUCUUUAUUCCAUGAAGCUGAAACUGCCUUGGAAGCAUCAGUUGAGUGUGUGUCUGGCACUUUAAAUACCUAAUAACUAAGCGGAGUAUGAACGCAUGAGAAAAAGAUGUGGAAUAAAAGGGCAACGGAUAUCGCUCUGAACCAAUCGCAGGAGGAGCCUCGAUUAAAGACAGCUCUCGCAGCCAAUCAGAGCAGACCGUUCUCUGUGGUAGGUUUGUCUUGUUACCAGAGUUGGGAUAAUGUUAUAUACAGCUGUUUUUCUCGCUUCCAAGAUUCAUGGCAGAAUGAGAAGAACCUAGAAGUAAAAUGUGCACCAAAUUCCUUCAUGGCUUCUUUAAAAAACGCCUCCAGAGUCGUCAGUGAGAUUUCUUUUUAAUCCACAGCUGCUUUUGAUGAGGUAAUGUCUAAGAAAUGUUCUCGUGGUAUUUCCACUGGUAACCAGCAGUAGCUUCGGGAUCUACUAGUUGUGUUUACAAACUUGAAAUCCGGCACAGUCUUUGGCUGGUGCCCGCGGCUCCUCGUACAAGUUUUGGGAAGCCAUGCAACUCUACAGGAAGGGCUUGUUGUUGUGCCUUUUGGCUUGGCGGCUCGGAUCAAAAAGUCUCGGUGUGCUUGAGGGUAUCAUUGAAUGGGGCGGUGUGUUUUGAUCUCGCCUGCCUUUGUGCAACCACUGUUUCUGAGCCGUCAGGGGGUCCGCGGUCCGACCGGCGGAGGGGGACACGGCGGAGGGACUCUGGGCUGCCGUGCUCCGUGGUGAAUGCAGACCAGUCCACUUUGGCUCCAUGUGAGACGACUUUGGGGAGAUUCUGGUUCGGGAAGGCCUGCUUAGGUGUCGUCUCUGCUCCGACAACAAAGGAAACGACCGUUGCUUGUUAAAUUUCACUCCUGCGGCCGCUCUCAGACAAACACCGAGAACGUUGAAGUGGCAAACAGCCGCUUAAACCUAAGUUGGUAAAUUAGGACUGAGUUUGCCAACGACGCCUGCGCAAUUUGUGCGCACACCCGAGCGCGCUCCCUUCAAGUCGUUUUUAAAGUGAAUUCUGUAGUUACUGUACCGGUCCACAUACAGUGUGAGUGCGUGUGUGAGGAUGGUGGAGAGCCAGAGCUGUGUUCACAGAGAGGGGGUGUACCGCUGGUUCUCCUCACUCAACUCAGCCCAGAGGGCAGAGUUCCUGUGCGGCCUGCUGGACCUUUGCGUCCCCAUCGAGCUCCGUUUCCUCGGCUCGUGCUUGGAGGACUUGGCUCGCAAGGACUACCACUCUCUACGGGAUGCGGAGAUCAAAGCCAACAACCCCGUCGACCUGUCGGGCCUUACCAACAUCACAGAUGAGGUGGUGCGCAGCAAGCUGCUGGUGUCCCUCGCACUGCUCGGUUCAGACAACCGGGAGGCUGCGGGGGUCCUGUACCGGACCCUGACCCACAUAGACACGGUGAUCAAUAACUACGGCCUGGCGCUGAACGAUGGGAGGACAGAGGAGCAGUUUCUGCUGCUGUUCACCAUGGCAUCCAACCACCCCGCCUUCAGCUUCCACCAGAAGCAGGUGCUGAGGCAGCAGCUCAGCCAGAUCCAGGACAUCCUGCAGGCAAGCAGUGGAGGAGGAGGAGAAACUCAAGCUGCAGGGCCGAGCGGUGAACGAGCUGCCAUCUGUUACGCUCAGCCGCAUCACCACUAUCACCGUCAGUCGGUGUCCCUGCCUCUGUCCCCCUUGUCUCCCACUGCCUGCACCCUGCCUGAUGCCAGGGCUGCCUACCUGCCUCUGUCUGCCUGCCAAGCUUGCCUCACACACUGCACCUGCUGGCACAAGAGCCAGACCAGAGAGACCGGCACAGUAUUAGGAGCUGCUUUGGGACAAGGAGACCAAACAGUCAGCCAGGACCUGACUUCUCCCCACCAAGAACUCCGUCCUCCACCACCACCUCCUCCUCCCCCUCCUCCACCACCUCCUCUGCCGCCCCCUCAUCUGCCUUCUUCUCCACCUGCUGGGCAAAGUCAGGAUGCGGCAACUAAGAGCCAGCAGGGGAAUUCUGGAAAAGCGGUGAUUGAAAGGGUGGUGCUGAAAGGAGUUCCUCACAAGCCUGAAGACUCCAGCGAGUAUAGUUUUGAGGUUAGCUGGACCAAUGGGUUGGUAGUAUCUGUUGUAAGAACUCAGCAGGAGGUAGCAGAGCUGCUGACUCAGCUGUCACGAGCAUUUCCUGAUGGAGUGGAGAAGUUCCCGCCUCAGUCCAUGGAACUGGAUCCCAGGUGUCUAACAGCCCUGCCCUGCCAUGUCCUCCAGCACCAAAGUGUCCAGCUGUUCUUUACCUCCACCAGGCCUCUCUCACCCAACUGUCCCUCCUCACCCCUCUCCUCCCCACUUGCAUCCUCACUACCAACCUCUCCUAUAGCUCCAUCCUGCCCGUUCACCUCCAGCUCCAAUCUUGGCUGUAUGAUGCAGUACAAAGGAGGUAACAGGGUGGUGUACAGAGUGGCCAGCGUCCAGCCCGUCAUCAGCACCCACAACUCCAUCUUAACUCGCUCCACUCCUCACUUGUCCUCCCUUUCCUCCCCUCCUCUUCCGACUCCGGCUCUCCUACCUUCCAUUCCUCCUCCCCAGCACUCCCCACAGCUCUCCUCUCUCCCUCCCCCCGUGCCAGCCCUGCCAGCACGUGGCUCUGCAGGAAGCGGUGGCGACAGCUCCUCCCAACCUCAUCCUCAGCAUGGUCAGCUUCAUUUAUACCCACAGCCCUCCCAGCACCACCUUCAUGCACAAACCAGCAGCCAGCCCAGUACGCAGCCUCAGACUCUGCACCUGUCCCAUUCCCAACCAUCGUCCCAUUCACAUUCACAGUCCCGCUCCCAGUCCCAUAAUCAAUCGCUCUCCCAGUCUCAGCCUAAUACGCCAGAGCAGAAUGGCAUCCUGGACUGGCUCCGCAGGCUCCGCCUCCAUAAGUAUUACCCCGUCUUCAAACAGCUCACCAUGGAGGAGUUUUUAGCUCUGACAGAGGAGGACCUGAACAAGUACGACCUCACCCAAGGAGCAAAGAAGAAACUGAAGACCCAACUAGAACUCCAAAAGUCUGCAGACAGGGAGAUGAAGAUGGAGAAGCGGCCGUGCAGUGGCAUUGCCAGGGUGAUGCCUUCCAGUCACAUGGUACCCUCAGCUCACUCCACCUCCAGUGCAGGUGUGUUGGCUCCAGAUACAGCAGGAAUUGGUCCAGAGAAGGAUCGGCCCUGCAUGUUCAUUCUGAACUCGACAGGCUCCAGUCGCCCCACAGCCCAGGUUCUGCCCGUCCAAACCGAUCCAGCUCCUCCUCUUCCUCCCACAUGCUCCUCCCACCUCCCCUUCGGCCUCCCGCAGUCUGCUUAUCACCCACAGGGCGGUUACCCACAGACGCUGCUCUCCCCGGUCUCAAACCCAGCACGCAUCCUCACCUCCCCUCGCAAGCCCAGGCCCCCUCCGCUGGCCACAGAGGACCGGACUAAGCCGUUGGGCUCGAGCCUUCCUGUGGCCGGUGCAAGCUUCAGUUCAGGGCUCGGGGUGGGGGCUGGGGUGGGGGUAAGACGGGAAAACCUGUUCUCCAGGGUCAACAUGGAUGGCUCAUCUGGACUCCAGGACUCUGUGGUUUGUCGUGGUCUUGCGGGAGGUGGUGUUAGUCUGAUGGUAGAAACCAGCUGCGCUCUGACCUCCACCUCCAACAGCCACCACCACGUUUCCCACCCCCCUGUCCACUUCCACCUCUCAUCCUCUUCCUCCCCUUCUCCAUCUGGAUUUUACUCUUACCCCCCUGUAUCCUCAUCCUCCUUCGCGUCUUUCUCCGCUUCCUCCUCCUGCACCUCCUCAAAAUCCGCCUCUCAGACUGGCAGCUCCAGUGGUGGAGGUAGCUAUGUUCCCAUGGCAACAGCAAGCACAGUUCCUGUGGCUGCAGUCCCGGGCAACACUUACUACCCACCCCAGCAUACCUCCAGCCCCUCUCCUUCGCCCUCCUCUGCUUCUUCAUUGGAUCAAAGUUCUGGUCACAGUCCUUCCGUAUGUGUUUGCAGUUCUUGCGGUUGUCGAGGGAACUGCGGCGCCUACGGGGCAUUCCCUGGAUACGCCGCAGCCAGCUACCUGCAGCCGUUCUCAGCCGGGCCCUCACUCUUCACCCUGGGUCCUCUGCUCCAUCUCAGCCCCCUGAUAGCGUCGUCUAGCAACGCUGGCACAGGCGCUGCACCAUUCUCCUACCCAAUGAUGGUACCGCCGCCCCUCUACCGCCACAGCCCGCUGUCACAUGACCAGCAGCAGGGGUUCAGCUUUUACCAGCCCCAUGGCAUCAUGGGAAACGGUGGGCAAAAAAGGGCAGCUGGGAACCUGUCAUGUUAUAACUGCGGUGCCCACGGACACAGAGCCGAGGACUGCAAACAGCCACCCAUGGAUGCGACACAGCAAGGGACAUUUCGCUUGAAGUACACACCUCACUCUGACAGCAAGGACUCAGGAGACUAAGCAGCAGAGGCGGCUUUGGAUUUGAACUCCAGACUAAACUGUACCUCAUGGUCCUGCUGAAGCCAACAAAAAAACCCCAAAAGGGACAGGAGACAAACAGCCUGCUCCUUUAGUGCAGAGGGUUCACUGUUAGUCUGUUCAAAGACUGCUGAGUUGAAUCAUUGGUAUUCGUUCUUUCUUUCUUUUCUUUUCUUUCUUUUUUAAGCCAAAGCUUGCAAAGAGAUUAGAGGAGGAGGAAGAAGAUUUUAGGCACAAGUAAAAGUGGACAUUUAUAAACUCUACCAUGCUUGAUCUCAGAGAUGUAGCUCAAAGUCUUCCUCAGAGAAAACACUACAGACCGACAAUCAGUCACAUGAUCUGAAAAGAAGCUUCCCAGUCAAAUGAUGGGGCAUUCACCAUGACAACCACAGCACUCCAGAUGUGGUCUUCCAGAAUACGCAGCCUCUUGCUCUAAUCAAGUACCAGUGCUAUCCCUCCUUUCACAGGAUCUACUGGUGCACAACAUCUCACAGUACCACAGCUAAUCGUUUGAGUGUUGGCUCGUUGCUUCUCAUGGUUGGCAUGUCCACACAAAGAUUCCACUUUAAUCUACUAUUUCUAAAACUGGCACUGUAUGUUCAGGUGGUCGAAAGUUCCAAAGUUAAUCCUGACCAAAUCCUGAGUCACAGUAUUCACAUAUUCACCUGGUUUUAAGCUCUGUUUGAUUUCAAAACAGCCUCAAUCUACCAGUUACAUAUUCAGAGGUUUAUUCAUUUGCUUUGCUUCUGGUUAUCAACAAGCAGGAGUCAAAUGUCUGGUUUGGUGCUUUACAUCUCGUGCACCAGCCUUUAUACAGGUGUGCACAGAGCUGUUGGCCACAUUUAAACAGGAACACCGUAUUUAAAUGUGCUAACAGUUGAAUGAAUGAAUUCUAACUGUCACACAGACUGCAUGAACUGGAAACCACCUUCAGCAACUGGAGAUCUAAGAGGAAAACUGGUGUCUGUUGUGCAUCUUCAGCCCGAGUCUGUAUGUAAAGAUGGAAAAUCUGAUGGUUGAUGUAAUGUGCAACCAAAGUAACAACCAGGGGAUGAACAUGUGGUAUUGAGUGCAUGCCUUUUUCUCAGCACUGCUGGCUAAACAUUAUCACACAGCACUUCAUCCAAGACUACCAAAAUAGUUUCUUUGAAGCGUAUUGUAUCAUGGUGAUGUUUGAGUGUUCAUUUUUCCAUUUGCUCAGUUUGUUUUGAUUUUUUAAUUAGUUUCUGAGCCACCUGUUGGCCACUGUUCAGGAAAUGUACACAGGAACUUUCUGCACGAAUCUUCUAACACAUCUUGAGGGACUUUGGCAUUUUUUUCAGGAAGUUAAGUUUGUGUUAAAUGGGUGAUCCGAAUGCUAUAGCUGGUAAGCAAAGGACCCAACCAGUGUAGAAGACGGGCAGUUCAGAUUCUGCUGCAGUAAAGUUGCACAAUGGAGGUGGUGGUUGCUGGGCUACGUCAGAGCAGAUCUAGAGGGAACAGCUUCACUUCCUGCAAACCCAGGGGAGCUAAAUAGGUAAAAUAAUUAUUUUCACCUGCUUCUAUACAAAGAACAACAUGCUUUAUUUUAGUUUUCACAAAUGCAGCAUUAAUAAUAAGCCUGAUUGAAGUAAACUGCCAGUUAUGUCCUCUAGUUUUUUGUUUGUUUGUUUUUUACAACGCUGUUGUUUUUACCCAUAAAAUGCUAGCACUCUGCUAAUGCAUGCUGAUUGGUUGACUGAGGACUCUCCUAAAAGAAAGUGUUGCUAAAUAACUUCUUCUCCACUGCUGGCUUGCCUUAAAUCAAAAUGAUGGACGCCAAAAAGUGUCUCAAAGUGCCGAGACCUUCCUAAUGGGGAGAAAGGGAUUUUACUAAUAAUUAAACCCAUAUAUACAAAACAGAAAAUGGAACGAUAUCUAAGGUUUCAAACUGUUUUAUGAAAAACAUGGUGGAAACAUGUUUACCCCUCAUAUGUAACAUUUUUGGGUCUGUAGGCUGCUGUGAAUUCUGGACUGCCUGGAAAGCAUCUUCUUUCUUCUGGUUGCUUGAUGUUUAAGAGCACUGUGCUUAGACCUCAAUACCAUGUCUCCACCCUUGAUGGGUACUGCACAGACUCUGGUUGCAGAUAACAUCACCAUCACUCAAAUUCCAUGUUAGUUGGGCUUUUAUGCAGUGGCAUGCAUUGGGGACCUGUCAGCCAUUUUUAUUCACUUCUUGGCGAUCUGCAGCCUUUCUACCUCUGAGCAUGCCAGAGGGCGAAAUGACCCUCUGUGCACAAAUACAGCAACGACAAUCAGAAAAUAUCAUGUGGUUUACAUCAGGACGAACAUUCAAAGUGCCAAUUUUCUCUUUUCAUAAUUGUGGUGUAAGCGGGAGUUGUUCUUUUGUACUUUGUUUGUACAGGUCUAAGUAUGUCGAGCAUGUUGGAAUUUUAAGAAAGCAAUAGGAAGUGCUUCUGUGUUUGGGUCUUUGACCCGGUGGGGUUGGGCGGGUGGGAAGCUGCUGAGCUGGACCCAGAGCUGCACAGACACAAGGACAGCUGGUCCUUCAGAUGAAACUCUCUUUGUACCCCUGGAGGGCACAGCACAGGGAUGUGUGGGGUGUUUAUUUAAAAUAAGAAAUCCGAACAUUAAGUAUGUACGCGUUUGUUUGAGGUAUCGGCAAUUCGCUUUCAUAAUGUAAAAUAAAUUGUUCUGUGUUUUAUUCCAUUAGUUACAUAGAUGAGGGAAAUUUCUUUAUAUUGCUAGUUUAUCCUGUCAUUGUUUUAUAUAGAUUAUACCAAAGAACAGAGAUGGUUUGUAGACAGAAAAAGUUCCACUUUUGUAGGUUUUACUUACUCUUUAAGGAUGUUGGUAACUUGAUGCAUGCAUGUUCCAAAAUCUUUGUUUAAAUAUGCUUUUAAAAUAUUUGUGUGUUUUGAAAGUUUGGACUUAAUUACCCAGGUCUUUGUUGGUAAGAUUUUUUUAUGGCUUAAAAUUAAAUAAUUUUGGAUUCUCCCUUUUAUCACAGUGCCUGUGUGGCUUAUUUAUUAUGGGACCGGCUGCUCCGAGAAUCCUUAAAAGGUUGAAAGUGAAUGUUUAUGUACAAUAUAAUGUGUAAAAAAACAAACAAAAGACGGAGCCUCAAGCUGAAAGUUUUUGUUGCCGUCAUUUUAGCUUUUCGAAACAUGACGAUGACACAGUGGACACGCUCCACGGUAACUGGCUAAGCGACUGUCAAAGACAUGCAUCAGCAUUUAUAUGCAGUCAAAGGUAUGAGUCACUUUCACAUCUUUUUCCAUUGUCCUCUGAAUAUCUGCACUGGCUGUUUUUUGUUUGUUUGGGGUUUUUUUUCCUUUGGCAGUAUUUAGUAUUGUCUGUUCCUUGUUUUAGCAGGAAGUACAAAAUCUUGUUUUUCUAGUUAUUUGAAGGAUUUACCUAAGCUGAAUAGCAUGCUGUCUAACCAGAUCCUAACUCUUCACUACUUCAGUAACACUGAGGAACAUUGGGAGCCAGUUUUGACCAGAAUAUGUCCUUCAAGGCACAUAUUAUACAAAUAUGCAGGACUGCUUUCUUCCAUUUGUGGAAUAUCUGUAAAAAUUGGAAACAUCCCGUCUCAGAGUGAUGCUGAAAAGCUAGUUUAUGCAGUUAUUACUUCUAGGCUGAAUUACUUUUAUGCAGUUAUUAUCAGGAUGUCCUAAAAACUCCCUGAAAGGCCUUCAGUUGAUCCAAAAUGCUGCAGCAAGAGUACUGACAGGGGCUAGAAAGAGAGGGCAUACUUCUUCAUUGGCUCCCCGUUAAAUCCAAAAUCAAAUAUAAAAUGCCUCUCUUAAAUAAUCAGGCCCCAUCUUAUCUCGUAAUAUUGUAUCACUAUAUUAGGGCACUUUACUCUAAGGCUUUAGGCUUAUUUGUGGUUCCUAUUUGUGGUAUUUAAAAGUAGAAUUCUCUAAGCUGCCUAACAUUUGGCAUUUUUGCUGUUACUGCUAUGAUCCUGUCUGCUCUGGUUCAAUCUAAUUGAUUUUCAGUGUAAAGAACUCAGAGGGUUGCCCUUCAGCACUAAAACAAGCAACAGACAAGGUGAUUAGUCAGUCGGGCAAUCACGUAUUUUAUGUGCAUCUUUUAUACAAAUAGGUGAUCAGCUGUUGGACAUGUAAGCAUAGACGUCAUUAUAUGGCAUUCUAUUGUUUAAACUACAGCAUCACCUUUUAAUGCUGUCUUUUCACAUAUGUAGCAGUAAUGAAGUCAAUUUAGGGUUUAAUGGUCAGGAAAACAAAACAAAACACAGGAACCUUUUUUUCCCUCCUUUUAUUGUUUACAAAAUACCAACAUAAAUACAUAAAGGAGGCUGUGUGAUAUUGCUGUAUGUGGAUGUGUGUGAAACAGAGGAGCAGGCGGAAAGGACAAUGCACACACCCACACACACAAAUGCUCCACCCCUCUGUUACAAACACACAGUAGCUUAAACUAUUUGUACUGCAGACAGCGAAUAGUCGCAACACAUCGUACAGUCAAAAAAAACAAAGCCUAUUAAAUAAAGGAACCAAAAAGAUAAAAAUACUGUGAUAUAAAGCAGCUAAAACUCAAAUCUGUGAAAGAGUGCCGCCCUUUAAAAACCUACUGGGCAGGUGUAAAUUCCUAAAUUCCCCUGCAGUGACAGUGCUUGUUGUAAUUCAGUGAAGUGAAACUGAACAGCAGUGACAGCUCUGGGAAAAAUCAGCCCUGUGGGUUAAAGGGAAAAAAAAACCAAAUCCACAGCCAGACACGAUGUUCGUGAACCUGCCUGUGUUUUGCUCUCUCCAAUCAUCGUUUCUGCAAAAAAAAAUAAAAAAAAAUAUGAAUUUAAAAAAAAAAAAAGGAUGAGGACAUGGCAAACUCCUCCCCUGUUCUGCAUUUU